UCACAUGUCUAUGUGCUCACCAGCACUAGAUUCAAUUAUUGCAAACAAACACGCAAAUCACAGCAGGGCGAGCGGAGUAGUGGGAGAACAUCACGCCUGAGCUCAACAUCCACUCAAGCACGCGGGGACGACUGUAACUUUGUUGGUUCUGAUUUUCGAGAUGGGAGUCUUGAAAUAUAUUUUUCUUCUCGCCUGCAUCUCCUUCAUUUACCAAGCGGAUGGACGCAAAACAUAUGCUGACAUGUUCCCCCACAAGCACACCGCAGCAAGAAUGUCUCCUUUCCCCAUCCCACCCAUCCCAGUCUGGAAUCCUGACACCAUGCCAUGGGACGAUUACCUCUACCCGCCCUUUAAACCAAAGCCCAAGCAGCUCAUGCACAGACGAGAAGGCAAGCCCACAGUGCGCCUCACCAGCGACAGCCCCGCUCUCAACGGCUCCGUCAUCUCAUUCACGGCCAAGCUGGAGUAUCCCCCGUGCCAGAAGGAAGACGACAACGGGGAACUGGUGUGGGAUGAACACUGUGACGACGCUAACGGACAAGUGCGCUCGGGCUACGUGUACAACUGGACGUCCUUGAGGGAGGACUACGGCUUUGGGAAAUGUACUGACCCUACCAAGUGUAACGUGUUCCCCGAUGGGAAGCCCUUCCCCCAGAGUAACGAUUGGAGGCGCAAGAACUACGUCUACGUGUGGCACACGAUGGGACAAUAUUUCGAGAAAUGUGACGGCCACUCGUCCAGCCUGACCCUCAACACCUCCAGCAUCCCUCUGGGAGCAGAGGUCAUGGAGGUCAUGGUGUACCGUAAACGUGAACGCGGGAAGUACAGCCCCUUGAGUACUGACAACACAGUUUUCUACGUCACAGAAAUGAUCCCAGUGGUGGUGGACAUCUCCCAGAAGGCCGCGUUCAACGAGUCUGACAACAACGUGUUCUUCCGCGAUGAGGAUGUCGUCUUUCGAGUGCAUCUCCACGACCCCAGCGGUUACCUCAAGACCGCAGCGGCCAUCGACUACAUGUGGGACUUCAGGGACGGCAACCAGCUGGUGACCCACCGCGACGUGACCACGCACGCCUACGGCAAGGUGGGCAACGUGACCGUCAAGCUGGUGGUGGAGGCGGCGUUUCCAAUGGAGUGUCCACCUGCUGCCCCCACGUCCACACCGACACCGUCCCCUACUGAACGUUCCACGUCUCCACCAGCCAUCAUGACCACCCGCCAAGCUAUCUCAGUGAUAUCCAGCUCAUCUCCUGUCACCGUGACAACGGGUUUAACCAUCACAGAAGUCCUCCCGUCCGAUGUAUCCAGCACGACCCCGGAGUCGACUCCCUACUCUCUGCUUCGCAGCAAGCGUGUGCUCGAGGGCAACAGGUGUUUCCGCUACGUGCACGGGAUCUUCGUGGGGAACAUCAGCAUCAUCGAGCCCAAGCACCCAGUGAAGAGCAAGGCCAACAGCCGCAUUGUUGACGUGCUGGCUGCCAGAGUUACCAAGACUGAUAUUAGCUUCCUGGUGAAAUGCCUCGGCAGCAUCCCCACCUCGGCGUGCACCAUUGUGUCGGACCCCACGUGCACUUGGGUGCACAGCAUCAUGUGCAACGAAGUUCCUCCGUCCGCAGAGUGCGCGGUGAACCUGAGGAGAACUUUUCCACAGCCGGGGACCUACUGCGUCAACAUCACGCUGGAGGACUCUCGUAGCCUGACCCUGACCAGCACCAGUAUCACCAUCAACAAGUCCCAAGUGGCCCCUGAGUCUAAAAACCCUCAUACAACUGAGGUGAUCCUUUCUACAAGUGCCGUACUGGUAGCCUUCUUUGCAUUGAUUGCAUGUGUUGUUUACAGACGUUACAAGGUGUACCAGCCCAUUCGCAGGUCACCGGCGGAGGAUGCCGGCAGCCGUGCUGGGGUUGCAGGAGGCGUGAUGCGCUUGAGGGAGGCUCUCUUCCCCUCAAGCGAGGAGAGUCACCACCUGCUGACAGAGAGGGGUCCCGUCUAGGUGGCCCUCUGUCAUGGCACUUAAUGCCAAGGGUCAUACACAUUGAAUGGUGAAUCCACUGCAUAUAGAAAAUGAGGAUCAAACGCCAUUAAAUACUAAAGACGACAUUAUUCGUAUGAAAUUGUGUGUUGAGCUGUUGGCUAAAGGUCUACAUCAACUUUUUUUUUUUGUAAUCAAUUUGCAGAAGUAUAUUACGCAAUAUGGUGUUUAAACAGUUUCUAACGUUAAGUGUAAAGCGGUCAAGCUUGAAUUAGUAAUUCGAUGUUAAAAGAACAUGGACUCUAAUAAAAGCU